GUCACUAUCAAAAUGACAGAAUAUUUUGAUCCAUGUUAAGAAGUUAUGCAGAUACUCUGAGCUAUGAGGUAUAAAUCAGGAUCAUUAGUUGGAGACUCUCAAUUUCUGUGCUCCUAUUAGCAUUCAUGGUAUUGAGAGGUCAGCUGGAGAAAUGUAAAAAGAAGCUGAUUGCUUGUCCUCGAGCUGAGAGACUGAAUGUUAUAGUUUCUGAUCAAUUCAAGGAAGCAAGAUGUUCUCCCGUAAAGUCUUGCUUCCAAGUUCCAUCACCAGAUAAAGUUUUACAGGUUGCUAUGGAAUUCAUGAUGCAGUAGUGUGUGUCAGAACUUCUAGGUUAGCCUGCCUUCCCUGUUUGCAUCGCUGUCACGCUGCUGAGUAGAUGGUGGUGAAGAUUAAUAGAGCUAGCUAGGGGAAAUCUUCGUCAUUUGGAUUUUGUUUUGUGUACUGCGAUCUGCAUAAGAUCUUCAUUUGAGAGAUAUUGCGAGAAACUGAGAUGACAGACCCUAGGCUGUAUUAGCCUAAGAGGGGGUGCUUCUUUCAUCCACUGGAAGCGUCUCUGAAGACCUCCAGCCCUGGACCUUCUAUUCUCUAGUACUAUAACCACAGUUGUCCGAGCAAUUUUUGAGCAAAGUUGUCUGAAGCAAUCACAAGCAAGCAAACCAAUGAGGACAUCUAUAAUGGAAAUAUUGCUGUUAUUGGGACUUUCUCGAAUUUGGACGAUCUAGAAUGUGCAUCUGACUUUGAAGAAAGCUCUACCUGGUACUACUUCUGAACUCAAGAUUCAGUGGAAUCUGCUCCACCACAUGACAGUUGCAUGACAUCUUUUUCAGUCUAUCACUCUGUAGAUUUGAUGCCUCUUUAGAUGGAUGAUGAAACAUGUGAUGGUUUAAUGAGUUUGGUGACCAUGCUUCAGUCGUUUAGUUUCACAUCAUUUCUGUAUUUAUUUUGUCAAGGAAACAUUUGACAAGGUUCUGAACUACCCAUGAAUGAUGCAGCGCUGCUAACAAGUCGCCCGUGGGAGUAACCGCAAAUCAAAUGAAGGUCUGGUUGCUUAUGCUGCGGCUUCCCACUCAGACACGUGCACCUAUUCCUUUUAGGGUUAAUUUAAAAAAGACCCUAUAGUAUUGUUUUUUUUUUUUGGGUAAAGAGGGAACCCCGGACCCUAUAGUAUUGUUGUUUCGAACUUACUACCCUUGUAGUCUCAUUUUGCCAAAUAGACCCUCUUAGUUUGAAUUUUUUACUUUUUUGUUUCCCAGGGUGAAAUUUUGGCGGACAUUGUCUCUGAGAAAUUACUGUGUUUAUCUGAGGAUAAAAGAAUCAAAAUAAAUAAAACAAUAAAUAUCAUCCGAGGGGUCUAUAUGCAAAAAUGAAACUAUGUCGAUACCAUAGAGCCUAUGUGCAGUUAAUACUUCUUUUUAUAUGACCAUUUUUCAUUGAUGAUUCUCGGGAGACUCUGCUUUCACAAAUGUAUAGGUUCUUCAUGGCCUUCGGAUUAUAUAUGCUUAGCAAUUGAUCACUUCGUAUUAUCUUUGUGAAUUUCUUCAGUUUGCUGUCUUGAAACUGUUCAAAGAAAUGUAUUAUUUGUUCAUCGUGUUCGUUUUAGUUUAUUAAAUCACAUCAUCUGCAGGAUAGUUUGUUUAUCGUAUAUUGCAAUUUUGUUGUAUAUAUAUAAAGUAACUUAUAAUCUUGGCGAAAAAGUUAAGUUUCUUUAUCAUCGAUGUUGCAAUACAACCUAAAUAUGCGCUAUUAUCUUUGAUUAAUUUCAAUUUACCACACAUCCGUGACGCUGUUAACACCAGCCAUCCUUGUCACGUGGAAACUAUAAAAACAAAGAUAUUAUUUAUGUAUGCAGUAACAAUGUUCGUUCCUCUCACAUUCAUCUACAACCCUUCACGAAAUUGGAAUUAUUGAGAUUAGACAUUUUAAAUAUUUUACUCUUUUAAAUUAAUCCUCAAUUCCUUCCAUUAGUACCCACCAUGAUUGUCCUAUAGUUAAUCAGUCAAUCAACUAGGCAUGUCUCCAUUUGUCUUAUGUUGUGAUGUGUGAUCAAUAAUUGCUACCUCCUCAUCUUGAAUUAUCAUCCAGUAGAAGUGCUACAAAAAUGGUGAGGGUUCUCCUGAUAAUUCCACCUCUACUCUUCUUCUCUCAAGUAAUCUGCUUCUCCUCGGCUGCCAUCUUCACACUCAAGAACAACUGCCCGUAUACAAUCUGGCCAGUGACAUUAUCCACGUCCAAUUCUUCGUCGUCUAUCGCCGGAUUCUCCGAACUCCCCUCCAACUCCACCGCCUCCCUCCCAGCCCGGCCAGAGUGGUCUGGCCGCGUAUGGGCCCGCACCGGUUGCCUUCUAUCGACCUCCCAAACCACGUGCACCACAGGCGAGUCGCCCCCCUUCACUAUCGCCGAAUUCAACCUCAACCAACCCACGGACUCCUACGACGUUACUUUAGUGCAAGGGUAUAAUGUAGGUAUCGGAGUGAGCGCGUCUGGAGACGGAUGCAAGUACGCGGGAUGCACGGUCGAUCUGAAUAUGAGAUGUCCGGCGGAGCUGAGGGUGGUGGGGCCGGACGGGGAGACGACAGUGGCGUGCAAGACGCCGUGUGAGGCACUUGGGGGCGACGAGUACUGUUGCACGGGGACACACUCGACACCGGAGACAUGCAAGAAGACGAGGUACUCGGAGUUGUUUAAGACUGCGUGUCCCAAUGCGUAUACAUACUUGUACGAUGAUGAGAGCAAUACUUUUAGUUGUGGUGAUGGGGCUGAUUACCUUGUUACCUUUUGCCCUUCUGCAUCUUCACCAUAGUUAUACCAGGAGCAUAAUAGUUAAAAUUUUCAAACAUACACCCAUAAAGGGCGUAGGUUACCCUACUUACGUUUGUAUGCAUGAUGAUCUGACAAAUCUGCACUCUAAUUGUAGUUGUAUGUUUGUGUUAAAUGCGGGCUGUUGUUCUUUCUUGUGUUGUUCCUCUGUAAUAUAAUUCGUGUUGGUAAAUAGAAAAGAAAACAACUAUGGGAUAAUA